CGAAGCUACGUCUCCCACUCGUGGACGCGACUUCUCCCGCCACACAACGUCAUGUCAACACUAAGCAGUGCGAAAAGGCGCCAGCCCGAGCGUGCCACAAAAUCGCAGGCAGCGAGGCAACACAUGAGUACUCGGAAGCCAAAGAACGGAAUGCUCAGUGUUACUCCUAGUAGCUAUUAUCUCACGAUAGCUAAGCGAAAUGCGGAAGAAUCCGAUCUCUUGCGUCUACCUCCAGAAAUCCGCAAUCGCAUAUGGGGAUACGUUGUCUCUGUGGAGCACGUCUACGGAGGCGACUUGAUCCUCGGCCAACCUUACGACAUGAAAGACUAUUCAGUCCCGAGUGUUUUUUACGCUUGCAGACAAAUGUACGCCGAUUCCUGCUUACUCUUGUACUCUCUCAAUGACUUCAGGGUCCACGAUGAUUCUUCUUCGGUCCGUUGGUUGGACGAAAAAUUGCCACAACAACUGGCCGCAUUCAGGCGGAUUACUAUCGCUUGUUCUGACAGCCAUGCAUUAUGCCUCCAACGAUUCCCUGGCUUGAUAUCGGUGCGUGCUGUCUACAUCUGCAACCGACGCCAUGUCGACAACACUACAGAAGGUCAGAGUGUCAUUGAUACAUUGAAGAAGAUAUCGGGUAAAGAUGGACUGGAGGUUGUUCUGAAGGAUAUGGAGAGCUUCGCAGGUAUGAGAUUUCGAUGAUUUCAGAUCGUUGAAACAUCAAGGAUACUGCAGCUGUUCCGAGAAAAGGCGAGGCUUACUGCACUUCUGGAUAUCUUCCUUUCUAAAUGAGCAUACGGGCCCAGAUGAGCAAGAGCAAACGGAUUGAAGCGAGGUGAGUAGACUCAUUCGAGACCAUAAAGGCAUGUCGAGUCCCGUCGAGGCUCAUGAUUCGGUGCAGUUUGAUCUUAUCUUCCGCGUUUCAGUACCACACUUUUUAGCGAACCCACCCCAAAAUCGAAGCCAGUUUCUUACCUUC